AAAUUGGCUCGCAGGGAGGAACGUUUUGCUCAGGGCCCACAGGAGAAAGUUCCAGCUCCAGCAGCUGCUGUUCCUGCAGCACAACCUGCACAGGCAACAAAGAAAUCCAAGAAAUGAGAUCUGAAUUUUUUGUCGAUGUUAGGAUUAGCGAGAGAGUGUCUAACGGUUCGGGCCAGGUUAGUCUCCUUUGGAAGUGGAAAAGACCCCCGGCCCAAGGCUCUGAACGAGAGGAACUGCAUCAGCUGAACAGUUUAUUGGAAUCGGUUACGGUUACGGAUAGAUCGGACAGAUGGAUUUGGAUUGGGGAAGGAGAGGAGGUUUUCAGCAUUGCUGCAGUUAAAAAAACGAUUCUGAAGGGCAGGGGUUCGAGUACCGGAUCGAAUUUUAAGUGGUGCAAGUGGGUUCCUGUCAAGUGUAACGUUUUCGCUUGGCGUGCGGUCAUUAACAGGAUUCCUACUGUAGAAGCCUUGCGGAGAAGAAACAUUAAUAUUCAGAAUUCGAUAUGUCUUUUCUGCAUGAAGGAGAAGAUGAGGUAUGUCAUCUCUUUACAGGUUGCUUUGCGGCCAACGUUUUGUGGAAUUAUGUUAGUAAAUGGUGCCGUGUUCCGCAAAUCUUUGCUUUCUCUGUUCAAGACCUGUUGGUGUCUUACGUGACGUGUGGUCUAAAGGAGCCGGAAAACGUCAUUUUUCAAGGUAUAAUGAUCAUAGCUUGUUGGAGUCUUUGGAAGGCGAGAAAUGAAGCUAGGUUCAGGAACGUGCCGGUUAGAAUUGAGAAGGUUAUUAGUGAGGUAGCGUUGGGGUUUCUUUGGGUUAAGAAUAGAACGAAAUUCAAGAGUUUAUCUUGGGAUAACUGGUGUAAAUUUGUAAUUAUGUAAUUUUGUCGUGUUUUUGGUGCCCCGGUUUCUGGGGUGGUUGUUCGUUAAUGAAGUUUACAUUUCAAAAAAAAAAAACAAAGAUGAAUCUUAACAAAGAUCGAUUGCAAAUGUCA